AUGGUCAUAGAAAUAAUAUCUCCAAGUAUCGCUGAUACCUAUAUAACUUGUCCUGCGCAACUUAACCGUGUCCUUGGAAUCAAACUUCCCAUCCUUGUCCUCAUAGUAAAAAACUUGAAAAAAUAUUUCACAUUAGAAGUCCAAAUUAUGGAUGACAAAAAUGUGAUAAGGAGAUUCCGUGCAUCAAAUUUUCAGUUCGUUACGCGCGUCAAACCUUAUAUAUGUACCAUGCCAAUGAGACUGGAUGAAGGGUGGAAUCAAAUUCAAAUUAACCUCGCUGACUUUACACGCCGUGCCUACAGCACAAAUUACGUCGAAACUUUGAGGGUACAAAUACAUGCAAAUUGCAGGUUGAGGAGAGUUUAUUUCGCCGACAGGGUUUACGCAGAGGAAGAAUUACCUUCCGAGAUGAAAUUAUGGGUGCCUAAUAACGAGCAAUAG